GCGCGGAAGGGACUGUCUGUACAGAAGGAUUGAAAAUAUGGCGGAGAAAAGAUCAACAGACUGAGAGCACUUAUAAGAUGAGGAAAUACUGCUAUCAUGGCAUUUGAUUGUAAAGUACAAUAUUUGGAUGAUACUGAUCCAUUCAAUAGUACAAGUUUUCCUGAGCCGUCUAGACCACCUUCUUAUGCAUUCAGACAAAAUGUACCAAUAUGUACGCAGUUACCAGCCAUACACCGUCUUUUGAAGGCGCCCCACAACCUUGAUGACUGUGCAUUGCAAUUAUCACACAAUUCUACGUAUCUUGAUCUGGAAGCAUCAAUAGAAGAACAAGAUGAUCUCAUUGAGGGUUUUAAAGACAGCCGCAAGAAUACCAUUAUAUUACGUACACAGUUAUCAGUUCGAGUUCACAAUAUAAUAGCAAAGUUAUUGACAGCAACUGGUCGAGAUUUAAGAAGGGCGUUAUUUUCACUAAAACAAAUAUUUCAGGAUGAUAAAGACCUUGUUCACGAAUUUGUCACUAAUGAUGGACUUAGUUGUCUUAUUACUGUUGGAACUGAUGCUGAUCAAAACUAUCAAAAUUAUAUCCUACGAGCAAUUGGCCAAAUUAUGCUGUAUGUGGAUGGUAUGAAUGGAGUGAUUGAGCACAAUGAUACAAUUCAAUGGUUAUAUAGUUUGUUGUCCUCGAAGUAUCGCCUGGUGCAAAAGACCUCUCUAAAGUUACUAUUAGUAUUUGUUGAAUACACAGAGGGGAAUUCUCUUCUCGUAUGGAGAGCUGCUCAGGCUGUUGACGAAGGAAAAUGUAACAUUUCAAUGAAAGGAAUCGUAGAUAUUAUCAAUGAGACUGAAGCCAACACUGAUGAGGAUUUACUAAUCUACUCCAUGACUUUAGUGAAUAAGGUCUUAUAUGCUAUACCUGAUCAAGAUAUGUUUUAUGAUGUCGUUGACUCUUUGGAAGAACAAGCUAUGGAAGACAUCAUCCAGAAAUUAACAAAAAGAACACCUCGAAACAGUGAUUUGAUUGAGCAGUGCAACAUAUAUGAGCUUUCCAUCAAAUCUGAAGAUGGUGAUGGUGACUCGGCAUCGCUUAACAUUCCUGGUGGUGUCAGGCAACAGCGAAGAAGUACAUUGCAACAAGACUUUGAGGGUGAAAGACGUAAAAGUCGGCGACAUUCUGCUGUGAAAGCUCAACCGACACACGAUAUGCGUAGAGUUUCUUCCUCGCCCUCAAUUAGUGACAGGACAAAUAAGCUAAAUGAAGCAAACAAACAAAACCAAGGUAGUACUGAUGAUGCAAAGGAACGAAGAAGACAAAUGAGAAAAGAAAGGCGACAUAAAGGUCAGGAUCCAAGUCUGUCUGAAACUCAGGAAAUAGAAGAAAACGACGUUCAAAAAGUAAAAACACAAAUGGGUCAUAUUGAUAAAGAGAUGCCAUCGAGGCCUGUGCAUUUGAUGCAAAAUGGUCACGCUACUGGUGCUAGAAAAGUUGAAAGUGCAGAUUUGAUAGUGCCUCCUACCGAAGCUCCUAAAAGUCCUCGUUUGAAAAUGAAAGAAACGUUUAAUUUAGAAGAUAGUGGUGAACAAGGAGGUAGACCUUCUCUCCGCGAAAGAUUAGCUCAGAGGGAAAAACAAAAAAAUGACGAGCGAAGCUCCUCUCAGGAAAGUCCCAUGUCUAGUUCUUCUAGUAUACCAUCUAGUAUACCAAGCGCAAAGAAAACUACAUCACAGGACGAGGAGAGGGAUCGUAAACAGAGUACCGGUGAACCUGGGGGUGAAAAUCGCCGUAUGAGAUUACGUAUGAUGUACGGAACGUCAAUGGAUAAAACUGAUCAAGAGUUAUCAGAUGAAGUGAAGAAAAUGGACUUAGGAGCUUCUAUAUCUGAUAGGAAAGCCACUAUAGAUAAAAAUAGGAUUGAGGAAGAAACAGAAAUUAAUAAGUCUGACGAUUUAAAUAAUUUGAAAGGCUCUGUGCAAGCACAGCAAGAAAAACUAAAAAAGGAAAAAGAAGAAAAAGAAAAGGAGAAAAAAGAAGAAAAGGGUGGCCUUUUAAGUAAAAUGAAAUCUGCAAUAGGAAUGUCGAAACCUCCCGAACCACCCGCCCCUGCUCCUACGAAAAGCAAUCAAAGAACUGCAGAAGAUAUCGAAUUAGAGAGUCGCGUUUUACGCAGUAGACCAUUGAUUAUCAAUGAAUACGAUUUUAGAGACUUAAAUGAAGAGGACGAUUAUGAUACACUUGGACCACCACCUAAAGCAGCCGUUGUCAUGCCUGCAGGAGGAGGUCCACCACCUCCGCCUCCAGCUCCAGGUUUUGGCCCACCACCUCCACCACCAGGUUUAGGGCCACCACCACCACCACCACCUGGACUACCAGGACCACCCCCACCACCCGGGCCUCCGCCAAUGGGUGGGGGCGGUACCUUAAAAAGUAAUCAGAACAGAAAAUAUGUUCGAUUGUUUUGGCAGGAAGUGAAGCCCAUGACACUGUCACAGGGUAUUGACAAGACUAUAUGGGGUAGCUUGCAACCAAUAGAUGUCGACAAGAAACAGCUUGAGCAUUUAUUUGAAAACAGAGCAAAAGUUUCUAUGAAACGGGCAGAGUCUGUCGAUAAACUUGUUAAAAAGGAAAUUACUGUUUUGGAUUUAAAAAGGGCUCAAGCUAUUAACAUUGUGCUUACAAAGCUGCCACCCGUGAGGGUUAUAAAGCAAGCUAUUUUAGACAUGGAUGGUGCAGUAGUAGAUCGAGAAGGUGUAGAGAAAAUUAUGUCCAUGAUACCGACAGAUGAGGAAAAGACUAAACUACAAGAAGCUCAGAUGCAGUAUCCAGACACGCCCUUCGCACACGCUGAAAGCUUCUUGUUGACGCUAUCGUCGAUCACAGAACUGUCAGCUAGGUUGAAUUUGUGGAGUUUCAAAAUGGACUAUGACCACAAUGAAAAAGAAAUCGGUGAAGCUUUGAGUGACUUAAAAUUGACAUGUGAUGAAAUCAAAAAUAUUGAUACGUUCAAGAAAUGUUUAAGUGUGUUGCUAUCGAUUGGUAACUUCUUAAAUGGCGUCAAUAUAAAAGGCUUCAAUCUUCAAUACUUGGAAAAAGUACCGGAAGUUAAAGAUACCGUCCACAAGCAGACACUCCUGUUUCAUGUGUGUAAAAUAUUGAUGGAUAAAUUUCCGGAUGCGACGGACUUAUAUAGCGAGUUCGGCGCCGUACAUAGAGCAUCGCGUUGCGACCAUGAGAAUGUAAGCACUUUGUUACGCAAGCUGGAUGAUAUGUGCAAGAAGUCAUGGGAAUAUCUGAGAUUGGUGGCCAAACACGAUAGCUCUUCACCAUUAAAACAAAAACUCACAGAUUUUCUUGGGGAUGCUGGUGAGCGUAUUGCUAUCUUAAAAGUUGUACAUCGUCGCGUCAAUAACAGAUUCACUAAGCUACUAAUGUUUCUGGGCAUGAAUCUUCGAAAUGCAAAAGAUAUCAGGCCGCACGAAUUUUGUAAGAUUAUAAGUUCGUUUUCGCUGGAAUACCGUACAAUACGUCAACGUGUACUUGAAACGAAAAAACGUAAAGAAAAUAUGAAGAAGAGGACAAAAACACGAGGGAAACUCAUUACUGAGUCUGAGAACUUCUCCGGCGCCACCACGGCUGUUCCCGUCCAAUCUAAAGUUGACGACAACAUGGAUGCUUUACACAAAGCAAUCACCGACACUAACGCCUUAUCGCCGACAAAGAAUCGCGUUCGAAAGAAGGUGAAUAGUACUCCGAACGAUCCGACGAAGCUUAGCACGCCUGCCGUGAGUGGAAAUAUGAGUAGUUAUGAUACGGAUGAUCAAACUGAUCAGAUGAUGGAUAUGCUAGUGAAGUCGGCUACAGCUGGCGAGAAGAAAACUCGUAUCCGUAAAAAUAGGACAAAAGAUUCGAAAUCCACUCGAAAAUCAGCUCGACGAACGCGUACAUUAAAAAGUGGCUUGACAGCUGAAGAGUUAGAAGCGUUGCAACAACAAGCGAACAACCUAUAGCAUGCGCAAUCAUACACGUGAUCAUUCGGUGUCGCAUCCACAUGACAUCACGACGUAUUCCGAUUUCCUGUUAGUUUGGAAAGUGAAAAAAAAUUAUGAACUUGAUUUGCGUAGAUAAAGACGAAUAUUUGUUCCCAUCAAUACAACCUUUCUCAAAUAGCUGACUUCGCUCGCUGAUCCAAGAAGCUGGCCUCGCUCAUCCAGGAAGCUCGUCCGGCCGUAUAUCUUUUUAAUGUGUGAUUAAAAUAAGAUAUGCUUGCAACGGCAUGAAAAUAAACUUUUUCAAUACUAUUUUAUAUUUUAUAUAUUUAUAUUUAAAUAAAAAUAUGCUUCUAUGUUUUUUAUUGCAGGCUUUAUUGAAGGUAAAUUUUGUUUUUGUUUUACUGUUGUUGUUGUUGUUUGUUGUUGUUUGUUUGUUUGUUUUCUAAGAAGGAGUAAAAAAAUGUUUUUAUUUCUCUGAUUGUGUGAUGCGUUUGUGAUGGACUUUAAAUUAAUCAGUUAUAUCCUCUUUGCUUUCUUUUUGAUUUUAAAAAACUUCAAUACGCAGAAACUUUAAGUUUAAAUGCAUGUGAACGCAAUAAAAUGCUGACUCAGCGCUUAUUUAAUUUAGAUAAAUAAAUUCAAUUGUUUUUAAUUAGACAAAUUUUGAAUGUGCUUCUUACAAUUGUCAAAAUAUUUUUGUAUAAUUUCAUGACUACAGUUUAAAUUAAUUUUGUAUCAAUCGAAUGUAAUUAAACCGUUUUUACGUGUCCUCUUUUUUCCCUGUAUUCUGCGAAUCAUAACGUGACAGUAAUCCAUGGGUUAAUAAUGCAUUGGGUGCUAAUAACCUGGAAAGUUCAACAAAGUCGAUUUCUCGAGUCCGAUUCUGUGACAACCUCAUCACCUGGAGCUUUUCGCUUUUUUGUUAUUUGGAAUAGCGCCAUUGUCUGAAUCCCACCUGCUGGGACUUUUUUGCGUGGUCUUUCUGAAUAUCAGGACAAUGUCGAUUUUAUUGUGUAAAUAAAUUUUAAUUGUAAUUCAAA